CCACCCAGCCAUAAUCUGGAGAUGAAGCACCUGCCCGGUGCUGACCCUGAGCUUGUGCUCCUCAGCCACCGAUACGAGGAGCUGGAGAGAAUCCCCCUGAGUGACAUGACCCGGGAAGAGAUCAACCAGCUGGUGCAGGAGCUGGGCUUCUACCGCAAGGAGAUGCCUGAUGCCCCUGUGCCUGAAGAGUUCCAGUUUGCCCCUGCCAGGCCUCUGCCCACCCUGCCGCCCCACCAAACUUCCACCACUGAUGGCAAGACCCUACAGGAACAUGACAAGGAAGAACACCCAGACCUCUAG